AUGGUUUUCAAGGAUGGCAAUCUAGCGGUUCGGGAGCUAAGCUCCCAGCGCUACAAGGACCGCGAUGACGAGGAUAUGGCCAGGGCGGGCAAGAAGCAGCGUUUCGAGCGAAACUUUGGCUUCUUGUCGAUGUUGGGGUUUACCACAACGAUGAUGUGUACUUGGGAGGCGGUGCUCUUUUGUAAUACAAUGGCAAUGGCUGAUGGAGGUCCCGCAACUCUCGUCUAUGGAUUUAUCUUUUGUUGGAUGGGUGCACUGGUAACAGCGGCCUCCCUGGCCGAGAUGGCCUCGAUGGCUCCUACUUCCUCCGGUCAAUAUCACUGGGUAUCAAUGCUAGCUCCCAAAAGUCAGGCUGUAUUCCUGAGCUGGGUGACUGGCUGGCUGGACUUGAUCGGAUGGUGGGCGAACACUGCCGUGGGUGUUUACUUCGGUGCAACCGUUACCCAGGGUCUUCUUGUUUUGAACUAUCCCAGCUACGACUUGCAGAGGUGGCACGGAACCUUGCUGUGUUUUGCCGGGCUGGUUGUCUGCGUGCUCGUCAAUUCAGUUGGGGCAAAGCUUCUUCCUAAGGUGGAAGGUCUCAUUUUGAUCCUUCACGUCAUGGGCUUCUUUGCCGUUCUGAUCCCUCUUGCCUAUCUGGCACCUCACAAAGAUGCUUCGUAUGUAUUCGGUACAUUCACAAAUGAUUCCGGGUGGUCAAGCUCCGGAUUGACUUGGUUGAUUGGGCUGAUGGGAACCAAUCUCCCCUUUAUCGGUUAUGAUGGCCCCUGUCACAUGGCUGAGGAAGUCAUCAACGCGUCUGUCACUGUACCCUGGUGUAUGAUCGGCACAAUCUUGCUAAACGGUACCCUUGGAUUUGCCAUCGUCGUCACCUUCCUAUUUUGUAUCGGUGAUGUCGACAAAGCCCUGACCUCCGAUACUGGGUACAGUUAUAUCGAAGUCUUUUACGCCGCCACCAACUCUCGCGUUGGAGCCUCCGUGAUGGCCGCCAUCCCCGCGGCGCUCGUUAUCUGUGCAUCUUUCGGUUUCCUGGCUUCAUCUUCCCGUCUCACCUGGGCAUUUGCGCGAGACAAGGGUGUUCCGUUCUCGGACUUCCUCUCUCACGUCUCUCACCUGAAAAUGACCGGGUCAUCCCUCCCCAUCCGUGCCAUCAUUCUCUGCGCUGUCAUUACAGGCAUUAUAUGCAUCAUCAACAUUCCCUCCAGUGCUGCGUUCAACGCCAUGAUUUCAUUGACUACAGCUGGCCUUUUUGCCUCCUACGAAAUUGCUAUCGUGCUCAUGUUCUUGAAGAAAAUCAAGGGAGAGCAUGUCAAUUACGGCCCCUGGACUCUCGGCCGAUGGGGGAUCCCUAUCAAUAUGGCAUCAAUUAUCUUCCUUACUAUCGCCAUAGUCUUCUCCUUCUUCCCCCAGGGUCUGCCCGUCACUCCAGUUAACAUGAACUGGUCGAUUGUCGUCUUCUCUGGCGAGUUUUUCCUUGGUCUUGGCUGGUAUCUAAUCUAUGGAAGAAAGAUCUAUAAUGGGCCUAUUAUUGAGGCCGGUGUGGUGGUAAGCACGGAGGAACAGUAUACUGUAUCCUCUCAGGAAUAA